AUGGAUGGAAUUGGAACUGGCCUCGCCAUCCGAGGGUGGCAGAACCCUACCGGCGGCUCUCGGGGUGGCGGUCGCGGCAGCAACGGUGGUGGUCGCGGCAGCAACAGUGGUGGUCGCGGCAGUGGCAAUGAUAGAAAUCGGCGAAAUUGGUGGGAAGAGAAGCACGGCAAGCCGCCGCAACCGCAAACACCAUGGAACCGUGGCGGGCACGCCGCCGCAGCAGUUGGAGGCGACGGAGGCAACGCCGUGCAGGGGGUCGCGCAAACCGCCGGUGCUGUCCAGCCAGGAGGAAGGACCAGAAAUGAAGCUGCUCAGCCGGCGAAUACAACCGGGGCAGCAAACUUGUUGCCAGCGGAAGUGGGAGUGUAA